AUGCAACGUGCUGAGAAACCCACUCCGGAGCUCAGGCUAGUCCUCUCUCAUGAUAGCGACAAUGGUGAGGUGAAUGAGUGCAGCCUAGAAGAUCCAGUUGACCAGUUCUUGAGCUUGGCGCCAGUUGGCAGUCGGAGCGAGUGCAACGGCAAAUAUGGUCUUUCUGCCACAAGCGCAAGUUUUUGUCCAUUUAGCCAGAGAAGUACGAGUCAAGUGGAUCAGUCACAUCUGAAUACCAUGGCUCUAACUCCAUACAAAGUGAACAAAUUACCUUUCGUAUCAAGGUAG